AUGAAGAAGUACGGGGUUCAUCACCGCCUAUCUAGUCCUUACCACCCUCAAGCCAACGGGCAAGCAAAGAUCUCAAACAGAGAAAUAAAGAGCAUCUUAGAGAAAACAGUCAACCCCUCCAGAAAAGAUUGGAGCACAAGGUUGGAGGAUGCUCUGUGGGCAUAUCGGACAGCCUACAAAACUCCUAUCGGGAUGUCCCCAUAUCGCAUCGUCUUUGGGAAGAUGUGCCACUUGCCAGUAGGAAUUGAGCACCGAGCGUACUGGGCAGUUCAGCAGGUUAACGUGGAUGCUAAGGCAUGUGAAGAGGAAAGGAAGCUGCAGCUACAAGAGCUGGAAGAGCUCAGAUUGGAGUCGUUUGAUUCAGCCAUGUGGUACAAAGAGAAAACAAAGAUGUGGCAUGACAGAAAUCUGAGAACCAAGAAUCUCUAA